UAAUUAACGUUUCCCGAAUUCCCUUUUUGGAAACUCUUAAAUGCCAAUUCUUUUCCCUCCUUAGAAUCACAAACUCUACCGGGCCGGGGUUUCUCUGUUUCUGUUCAUCUCUUUUCUCCUAACUUUCCAUUGCUGCAAAGCUAUGGAUAAGCGUCGCAGAAAGCAAGCCAAGACCAGUAGUUGUUACUCUGAGGAGGUGAGCAGUAUAGAGUGGGAGUUCAUAAAGAUGUCGGAACAAGAAGAAGAUCUCAUCUGUAGAAUGUAUAAGCUUGUUGGCGACAGGUGGGCUCUGAUCGCCGGUCGGAUUCCCGGCCGGAAAGCGGAAGAAAUAGAGCGGUUUUGGAUAAUGAGACAUGAAGAAGUGUUCGCCAGUAAAAGAAGAGAGCUGAAGAGACAUAAUUCCUAAAGCUUUCCUUUUAUGUCACUAGGCUAGAGAUUUUCAAAUUUUUUUCCCCUUUAAUUUUCCUAUGUAUGCGACGAGGUAAGGUAGUUGUAACUUAUCCUAUUUGGCUAAUUUAAUGCGACUUUUUUUUUUUUUUUUUUUUUUUCUGAGCACUAAUUUAUUGUGACUCACCUUUUCAUUUGUCUUCCUCUUUUGUCUGUAUUUGUUUUUUUCCCCUUUCCAAGGCAGUGUAAGUUGUAUAACUUGUCCUUUGGCUGAUAUAUCUGUGCCUAACUUUUCUCUC